ACAUCGAUGUGAGGGUUACAAUCCGCUGGGCAUACGAUGGAGCAGAACUCGGACCCGGGUGCCGAAAUAUCGGAUCAAUCACGGGAAGCCGGGCCCAGCGGUGUGCAAAUCCAGAACGUUGAUCAGAAUCUACUUCAUCAGUAUCCAGGUCACAAUUGUCGAGGACCGCGUUGUGUAUGCCAAAGAUAUGAGAACGGUGAAGUGGCAGCCGCGAUCAUGAAUCAAAAUCGGAAUAACAACCAGGAUGAUAAUUAUCAGAAUACAGGUCGCGGUUUGCGUAACUUCCAAAAUCGUUCCGGUGGUUCGGCACAAAUGCAUUCAAAUCAUAACCCGGGUUAUCAGAAUCCAAUGGAGUUAAUUCAUAACUAUAACCGUAAUCGACAACAGCAAGAACCGGAAGAGAAUAUUUACGAGAGACUGGACAAUGACGACGACGACGAUGAAAAUGACGAGAAUAACAGGGAAGUUGUUCGCAAUGAACCUGCGGCUCAAAAUAAUCACGACAAUGUAGACGAUCAUACGUACGAGAGAAUAGAUGAUCGGUAUUCCUGCAGCGGUAGAACAUACGCUCGUUGUUAUAAAUACCAUGUUUUAAAUCCUUAUACUGUUCCCCCAAAUUUUUUAAAUGACAUUGAAUCUAGAAAUCAAUACGAUCAGUCCAGACAAUUGUAUCUAGAUUCAUCGCGACUUUCUAGCCAGUUUUGUCAGAAUCGAUUAGACAGGCUGGGACGAAAUUGUUUUUCUACCGAAAACAUUGCUUACGCAUCGACUGGACGUGCCAUUUAUCCGCUUGGUUACAAUUUUAUGCGUUUAUUUUGUAAACACUUGGAUGCAAGAUAUUUGUGUCACCACUGUCAUAAUCUGCACAAUCGAUUACGGUAUCAGGAUGGACUGUCGAGUAAUUCUAGACAGUACAUCUAUCAGUUGCCAAGAAAGGUACCAUUUUGUCGCGGAGAAUAUUCAUACGUAAAGUUACCUGUUACAUCAUCCUGUCGUCCAGCGGAAUCAUUGAGAAUGGAGUGUCUUUGUAGAAUUCCAAAUUGCUCUUGUAGAUGUAAAGUUUUACCAAACUGUAACUCUACUGUACAAAUCAACAGGUAUCUUGAUUGCGUUGGAAGAGGUGGUCCAUCGGUGAAUAAUCCAAUGUAUGCCACAGUUCAUAUCGGUCGAUCUUGUGUUUCGACUCUUGGAAAUACAGUCGCUGGAGGAAAUUCAUCCAUCGGUGCAGAUUCCGGUGCUUCGACCUCAAGUGCACCGGUACCAACAUCUACGGUCAACGAACCCAGUACAUCGUCAAAUGCCAGACAAAUUUUUUCACCAAAUAAUCCUUCCACCUCGCAAGUCUCUGCUUGUUCUUCGAAUCGUUUAAUGGAACGUCAACACACUUGUGACGAUUCCUGUAUUAGAAAUCAAAGUGGAAACGUUGCUGGUAUUUGUCAAUUUCUUGGUAGAUGCGACAAAGCCGAAUGUAAUCACAGUAGAUUAUCUGUACAUUGGUGGUUGGUGAACAGAUGGUUACCACCUUGGAACCCUAAUAAUUUUGAUAGAAAUAUAGACAGUGUUCCAUCUGUGGAAGAAAGUGAUAGUGAUGAUACUUAAAUUUAAAGAAAAUUAAUUCUCUGUAAUAUUUUUUAUAUAUUUUAUCGAGAAAUGAAAUUGCUAUGUUUAUUUUCGUGUAAUUAUUCGGUAUUGAUUUAUCACAAGUAUUUAGAUACCAAUACAUAAUAUUCCUGAAUCCAGACUGCUGAAGUACCACAGGACUCGGUAUUCGAGUUCCUGUAUUUUCUAUCAGUACCCUAAUUUAUUUGAAAAUUUUCAAAAAUAUUUAUAGAAACCGUUUAUGCAUGUAUUGACAAUAAGAUCGCUUUGUAUAUUAAUCCGAUACUUUAGAAUACUCAUACUCAAAUACACUUCAAAAAUGGUGUUUAAAAGUAUGAUAAUGUGAAAAUAAUAAUCCAAAUUUCAGUUCAUCCAUUCAACCAUAGAUAAGCUAACGAUUUUUUAAUUUUUUUUAUAACAUUUUUUCAUUAUUUUAGUAUAUAGAUAUUAUAGAGAAAACUUAUAAAUCAUAUUGCGUUAAUCUCAUCGAUAGAAAAAAAAGUUGUGUGUUCUAUUCCAUACAUACGUAAGGAUAUAAGAGUCAAUUUCAUGUAUGUACCUUUUUCGGGCAUCGUUGUUGAGCCAAAGAGAGAGUGCUUUUAUCAUAUUUUUAUAAUUUUAGUAAUAAAGAUACCUCGACGGUAAAAAAACACAUGCAUUCUUUCGAAAACUAGUUGCAUAAAAAAAAAAA